GAGAAGAGCAUGAAGCUGAGGAGGAAGGAGCGCCGCCAGCGCGCAGGCCCAGAAGCGCCCGAGCCCCGGCUGCCGGCGACGCCCCAGAGCGGAAGAGGGAAGUGAAGGCGCCAGGCUGCGGGUUCCCGGUGGGUGGGCUACGCUUACCGAGGUAGAGGCAGCACCAACAAGAGGCUUUUGCCACCGGUCCGGAUCGGGGAUGUCGAAGAACACGGUGUCGUCGGCCCGGUUCCGGAAGGUGGACGUGGAUGAGUACGACGAGAACAAGUUCGUGGACGAGGAAGACGGGGGCGACGGGCAGGCCGGGCCCGACGAAGGCGAGGUGGACUCCUGCCUGCGGCAAGGAAACAUGACCGCUGCCCUACAGGCAGCUCUGAAAAAUCCCCCCAUCAACACCAAGAGUCAGGCGGUGAAGGAUCGAGCAGGCAGCAUCGUCUUGAAGGUGCUCAUCUCUUUUAAAGCUAAUGAUAUUGAAAAGGCAGUUCAGUCCCUGGACAAGAACGGUGUGGAUCUUCUAAUGAAGUAUAUUUAUAAAGGCUUCGAGAGUCCCUCUGACAAUAGCAGUGCUGUGUUAUUGCAAUGGCAUGAAAAGGCACUUGCUGCCGGAGGAGUGGGGUCCAUUGUUCGAGUGCUGACUGCAAGGAAAACUGUGUAGCCCAGCAGGGUCUGGGUCUCUCCUCUGGGUGUGGGAGUUGCUGGUACAAAGACCAAAACAACCAAAUGCCACCGCUGCCCUUGGGGGUAGCAUCUGUUUCUCUCAGCUUUGCCUUCUUGCUUCCUUUUUCAUAUCUGUAAAGAAGGAGAUUACAUAUCAAUUUUCCUUUCAUGAAAAUUGGGAUAAUAUAGAGGAAACGUUUCAACAGGAGUGUUUCACGCUCUCAAAACUAUUACGGUGAUGUGUAUACCUGUCUGUAUAUAAUAUAAUUUGCCUUCAAGUUUAAGUGUGCAAUUUUAACCCCUAUUGGCUGGUGGGGGUUUUUUUGUUUUGUUUGCAUUUUUGUUUUUUUGAGAUGUUCUGUUUUGUUUUUGACUAAUAGUGAAAAAUUUGAUCUGAAUUUGAGGCCAGUUUCCUAACUCAUUGCUAGCCAGGAAAUGAUCUUUACAAAAAAUACCUUUGAGAAACUGGCAGCUAUUAACAUUGCAAAACUGGACCAUAAUUCCCGUAUUUAAGCAAAAUGUGUUUCUGGAACAGGUGGUGGGGUGAACAGCACGAGCGAGUUCCACCUUUGUUUCUGCUUACCUCCAGAUCAUGUGAGCUUAAGUAUGCCUCUUCCUCUCCGCACCCAGUAAUCAUGGCCUCUCGAUUUCUCUGUGGUCUCCAGGGUCCAGAGCAAGAAGUCUUGCUCUACAAAAAUGUAUCUAUGAAAUGCCAGAGCCUGUUUGGCCUGAGCAUAAAACUUUGUUCCAAUAAUAUGACCCUAUUUGGGGAAACUACUCCAAAUCAGAAAAGACAUGAAAACUUUGAUGAAGUUCAAACUCUGGGCAGCCUGUGAAUGAAAUGCUGAUUUAUUUAGAACUCUAAUAGCUGCCUUAGACAUGAUGAGGUACAUAACUAGUAUUUGAUAUACCCUAUAAAUGUCUUCAGUGUUCUUCAGGGUAAAUAGGAUCUUAAAAGCUUUGGUUCAGAUCCAGACAUCUACACAUUCUGUAUUUUAGCUUAGUGGUUCUUCAAAAAGGAAAAUGCCGCAUAGCAAAAAGUGUUUACUUGUUGGACAAACCAAAUGGGUUCUCAAAAAAUGACCGGUGCUUAUAAAAAGUUAUUAUUCAGUGGCUCCAAAACAAACCACCCAAAUGCAUAUGACCAAGAGGGAAAUCAGCCUGUGUUUCGUAUUCACAUUGGGCGCCAGUUUCAUAAUCACUGUCUUAUGUGAAAACUGGUGGGGAAAUUCUAUAACCUCUUUGCUGUUUUUGAUACCUGCUUUUUGUUUUGUAAAAAUGAUAAAGUUCAGAAAAUAAAAUGUCAGUGUUGAAUAAUUUA